AUUGAAUUUACAACACCUCAUUCAUAAGGUCGGAACACACGACAAAAUGCAGUCUGCAAAGACGAUUAAGAGAUGUUUAAUUUAUGCUGUUUUGUGGACUGUUUCUGCAGUUAGUGCAGUUGCAGAUCCAGUCGUUUCCACUGCGUACGGCAGUUUGAAAGGGCGGCUCUCAUCUGUGAAAGAAGCAGACCGAGUCGUUCACGAAUACUUAGGAAUUCCUUUUGCCAAACCCCCUUUGGGAUCACUGAGGUUCUCGGCUCCCCAGCCACCCGAACCAUGGGGCGGAAUCAGAGAUGCCACCAACCAACCGGCUAUGUGUCUACAGGACAUGCAGUACACAGUACAGUUAAUGGAGGAGCUCAUGUUGGAGUUUCCAAAGCCAGCCAUCUCAGAGGACUGUUUAUAUCUGAAUAUAUACACCCCCGGAGAGGCAGUGGCGAAGGAGGCCAGACUGCCUGUUAUGGUUUGGAUUCAUGGAGGUGGAUUGAUGAUUGGAGCAGCCUCCAACUACGACGGAUCAGCGCUCUCUGCCUAUGAGAAUGUGGUGGUUGUUGUGAUUCAGUAUAGACUGGGAAUAAUGGGGUUUUUAAGCACCAAUGAUGAGCAUGCCCGUGGGAACUGGGGUUUCCUGGACCAAGUGGCAGCCCUGCGGUGGGUUCAGGAGAAUAUCAAGAGCUUUGGAGGGGAUCCCAAUUCCGUGACCAUUUUUGGAGAAUCAGCAGGAGGAUGCAGCGUGUCUGUGCAUGUUUUGUCUCCCUUAUCGUCUGGCCUGUUCCACAAAGCAAUAUCUGAGAGUGGAGUUGCAACUGUAUCAGGUAUCAUCAACUCUAAUCCACAACCUAUCACCAAGGUGAUUGCUAAUAUAACUGGCUGUGACUACACAGACUCAGCAACACUGGUCAAGUGUUUAAGAGAGAAGAAUGGUGAAGUCUUUGUGAACAAAAGUAAUCCGCAUAUAAUGGCAACAGGCACAAUUGAUGGUGUGGUUCUCCCGAGCACAUUGGAAGAGAUCCUGAAAGAGAAACAGUUUAACAAGGUGCCCUAUUUGUUAGGAAUCAACAAUCAUGAGUUUGGCUGGCUCUUGCCAAAGUCAUUUUGUCCUCCUGGCUGGGAAGAGGGAAUGAAUAAAGAAAAAGCAAUCGCUGUCCUGAAUAACAUAGUCCCAGUCGAGCUUUUUGGCCCAGGAGUAAACGAGGGCAUUGCAGCUGAAUAUUUCAAAGACACAGAAGACCCGCUGAAGCUGAGAGACCUGUUCACAGAAAUGCUGGGGGAUGUCUUUAUGGUUAUGCCAACUAUCAUAACUGCUAACUAUCAUAAAGAGGCUGGGGCGCCAGUGUACCUGUACGAGUUUCAGCAUCGCCCCAGUAUCUACAAAGACAAAAGACCCAGUUUUGUGAAAGCAGAUCAUGCAGAUGAGAUUGGCUUUGUCUUCGGAAGUUUUUUCUGGAAUGGACACAUUAAGGUUGCAGGGACCUUAACCAAGGAGGAAAAGAAGCUGUGUAGGGUGAUGAUGGCGUACUGGGCUAAUUUUGCUAGAAACGGGACUCCCAAUGGGGAUGGGUUGGUGCACUGGCCAGUCUAUGACAAGAAUGAAGAAUACAUGGCCCUCGGUUUGGAGCAGAAGAGCGGGAAGAAGCUCAAGGAAGACAUCAUGAAGUUUUUAACAAACCUCCUGUCUGAAAAAAAUAAAAAACCUAGUGAAGAAAGUGGAGAGCGCAGUGAGUUGUAGAUUAGUCAGGCGAUUUAAAUUAUUUUCAACUGAGCGCACAUACACCUUUAGAAAGACACCAUGACGUUUCAUCUCCUAAAACUGAUUAAUAAUCUUAAAUAUAAACACAAUAUAGAAAUUGCAAUGGAAUAUAACAUGAUUUCUGUGUAGAAGUGCCUGUUAGGUACAACAGUACACAUUCAGAAAUUGAUCUUUGUUGUUAUCCACGUAGGAAUGUUCAGCUCAGGCAAAUGAGUCAGUGGUUAUAGAAUUAAAAAAAAAAAAAAUCUCAUACCUGGCAUGCACUUUGAUUUGCUGUGUAGAUUUCAAAUGCAGUUUUAAAAGAAACAGAUGUUAUAGCAAACAGUGUAUUUUAAAUCAAAACGUAACUGAUACUAUAGCAGGGUAAAGACAUCUGCUAAAUGUUGAUAAGUGCCCAAUAAAUGAAAUAUUCAUUUCUGUACGUCA